GGGCAAUUACAAAGAAUGUAUCAAGUGAACAGUUUUUAUUAGUCCAUUUUACUUGACGAGCAGCAUACGAGAAUUUAUAUUAUGAAGGGCUGAGUGUCAUAUUCAACAAGUUCCUUAUCAGUCUAUCUGCAUUGGUAAAGGCUUGAACUCUCCCUAGUGGAAAGCCUGCAAUUCACUUCUCAGCCAUCCAAUGAAUGCCUCACUUCCAUAUGUGAGCUUUAAAAUGUACGACAUCUGUGCAAAAACCUACAUAAAAUAUUUUCUACUGGUUUUCUAAAACACUGGGAUUCAGUUUACCUAACAACUAGCAUGUAUUAUACCCACUGCUGAGAUGGCCUUCACUGACAAGAUAAGGAGGUGAGAUUUUACUGCUGAUGCAGGAGGUUGCCAGCUGUAGCUGAGAGAAGCUGCCGACUUUCCCAGCAGCUGAGAGAUCUCGCUUAAGACAAUUGCAGCAAAUAAGGAGACUGGAUGUGAGCAUGCCUUUCUUCAGCGAAUGCUCUGUUGGCCAAAGCUGAGCAAAUGUCUUACUGAUAUCUGGAAAGGUGCUGACCACGUCUCAAAGCAGGGAAGAUUUUCCAUGAUAUUUUGCAACAGAUGUACUACAAUGUAGGAUCAUUUCAAAGCAAGCUUGCUGAAGAACUGAAUAUAGAUGAAAAUGCAUCGGGAAGGAAUUCUAUAGUCAAUGGAUUUAUCUUUCUAAUUUACUUAAAGGAAUCAUGGUGAGUACGGAAUCCAGCAAAUGCCUAUUCUCGAAUUCGGAAACAGAAGUUGAGCCAGCAGUCUCUCUUGCCUUGGAAAUGAAGUAUUCACUAGAUCCCAACAGACAAAUUAAGAAAAGAAAUAAAGCCUUACAAGUGAGAUUUAAAGAUAUAUGCGAAGCUCAAAAUGAGCAAAGAGAGAAGCAACUGACAAUAGCCCAGAAAUCUGAGAGGAAGGACACAAAAUCACCAUCCUACAAAACAGCUUAUCGUAAAUACAUGACAGUGCCUGCAAGAAGGUCAAUACCUAAUGUCACAAAGAGCACAGGAGUCCAGACUUCACCUGAUCUCAAAAAACAUUAUCAAACAUUCCCUUUGGAUCGCAAAAAGGGAAAUAAUAUUAAAAAUUCCUCUGAAACAGCAGACACAUUCAAAAGUCAAAACAAUGGAUUUCUAAGUGCCAGUCGGGAUAAAAAAGACAGCAAAAGCUCAGGGGAGGAUGCUGUGUGCAGCAGGAAGGUCACUGAUGAAAAAGAAACAUGGGUGACUUUACAUACUAAUGAAUGCAUCAGCAUAGCUGACCAGCUUUCCAGCAGCAACUGCUCAGAGGCUAGUAAAUUCAAUGACUUGCAUAGCUUUAUCAAGGAGACCUCUUGUAUUUCAGACACAGCCAGUUCUGACUUAGGGGAGACAGAAUGUCAUAUGUAUGAUAAAGUAAAACAAGAUCAAGAGUCAGUGGGUUACCAAGACUUUAAUAAAGGAACUUAUUUGAAAAAUAAUUUAACAAUAGAACAAGCUACUGUCCAUGCACCUGCAAGUUCACAAACCACACCACCUGAUCUAUCGGAUUCGUCAACACCAACUGAAUGGCCACAAAGUCCUGAAGCACACUCAGAAAAUACAACUACACAUCUUAAUGGGUUACAAUCUCAGUCAGUAACUGAUAAGACAAGUUCAAUGCAGCUUCCAUGCCAAUCAAACCAAUGUAGUGAGCAAACCCUUCAGAUAAACGUCUUACCUAAGGAGGAAAAUCAGGCUUGUUCGACAGUCGUUUCUGUGAGCGAUGUAUUGAAACAAAUUGUGCCUCACACAGAAGCAGUAGAUUUGAAAGCACAGCUUCAAAUGAUGGAAAGCCUGAUCAGCUCUAGCCAGGAAACAAUUAAAGUUCUACUUGGCGUUAUUCAGGAAUUAGAGAAAGGAGAGGCUCACAGAGAAGGACUCUCUUACCGGACUGGUCAAGAUACAGCAAACUGUGACACCUGCAGAAACAGUGCAUGCAUUAUUUACAGUGUUGAGCUGGACUUUAAACAGCAAGAAGAUAAACUACAACCAGUUCUUAAAAAGCUUCAUCCAGUAGAGGAAACUCAGGUUCUACCUUUGCCUUAUCCACAGGAGAGUUAUUCUGCAACCCCAAAGCAGAAAUCCAAAACUGAACCAAAAAAACAUGGAAGAUGGAAACUUUGGUUUCUGUAGCCUAAAUAAAUGCAAACUUACUGUAAAUGUUUGCUCAUAUGAGAACAAGGGAUUCAGAAAGUUCUCUUAAACAAAGCCAGAGAUCCUCACUGAUAGCUGCAAUGCCUUGAGCGCAAGAUAUGGUAUUUAUGUUUCAAUGCAUAUACCAAAUCAGCCUUUUGUAUUAAGAAUACACCUGCAGAAGAACACAAAAAUCACACCUCUUCUUCUGUCUGCAGUUCAUAAAGGAGGAUAUAGAUGAACAUUUGAAUUUAUAUUGGUAAAGAUGAAAAUCAAAUAGUUCUAUGAGCUCAGCAAACCAUAUAAUUCUCUUUCUUAAUCAUGGGUCGUUUCUCUACACAAUGCUGAAAUGAUUGAUUUUUCUGUAACCUUUGUUUGUCAAAGGCAGAGAGAGAUGCAGAGAGCAAGCCUUAUGUUUGUAAGGUUGUUUAUUUUUUUUAAGAGAACAGAGGAGAAGUGCUAUUUUCAGCACAUAUUAAUUCUGGACAAAGCACAAUUUUUCAAAAUGAGUAGAGACCUUUCAUAAUUCCUAAGGUAUAACUACAUACACAUCAUUGACUUUCAUCUGCUUAAGAGAAAACGCAAGUGAUAAACCAUUAGUAUCACGCAAGGAGCCUCUGAUUUACUGCCAGCUUCAUCAUCAUACUGACAAUAUGUUUACUGCUCAUUUUCAAAGGGCGAGCAGCCACAGCCCACAAAAAGUGGGGGUAUGCUUUUAAUCACUGCAAACUGACAGGGUCAAGCAAUGGAGUUCUAAGGUACCUUAGAUGACACUUUUAACCAUUCUGUGCCCAAAGGUUGGGAUAGUUUGAAAUACAAACAAUAGCAAAUGAAAUAAUUAGUAUAUUUUAGUGAACAUGUACAACUAUAGUUAUUAAAGUUUAAUCAUUUUAAACAAUAAAAUCAUUAAGAAAGCUUAAGAAAAUACACCUUAUAGAAAGUAAUUAAUUAGUAUGUCAUAGGAGAAACCAGCAGAUUUAGAUUGUGUCUGUUGUCCUGUAACACAAAUACAUGAAGGUUGGCUUGUCUCUUACAGAACAUGUUUCUUUCCCUAAUAGGCAAAGCAGUAUUUUUAUGAAUGUGUCAAUAUAUUUUACUAGUGAUAUGUAAAGGCUUUCUGAAAUAAAGAAAUGCGCCAGUCUAGCAGAUUAGGUACGUUUAUCUUAGUAGCUCUCAGAAAAGCAGAAGCAUACAUGUCAAGGGUUCUAAUGAACAUCUCACAUGAUAGAUGCUGCAAUAUAAUUUCAUAUUGUAUGUUGAACCUGUUUAUGUUUAGUUGAAAGUAACUACCAUUGCAUAGUUACUUAUUGUAAACAAUUACCAUGAAGUUCAUGAUUAUUUCACAGUAUGUGUUGAUAGCAGUGUACCAAUCUUUUCUAAAGUAUGGACAGAACAUCAGCUGUCAAACUAACCACAUAUUUUAAACUUACAUUGCAAAUGUAUGCUUUUGAAAGAGUCCUGGACAUAUAUUUGUGCAAAAGUACUUAUGAGGGCUAUAAAUUCUUGUAUAUAUAAAAUAUACACAGGUGAAAUAUUUUUCUGAAGCAACAAAAAUAUAAGAAAAGAUAAUCCUGUGCUAUGAAGGAAGUGCAAUUUAUUUCUGUGCAAUGUGCUUUGUGUAUUUUAUACUGUUUUUAAUUAAAGUUAUAAAAUGUUUAUAAUAUGAAAA